AUGACGUCGGGAGAAGGAGGCGGGAGCUUGGGAUGGAGGGGGCGGUCUGGACGUGCUGACGUCAGCCGCGCCCCCUCCACCCCGCGCCUGAAGCCGGUUGGCGGAAGCCGUGCCGACGUCACAGGGCUCAAGCCCCGCCCUCCCGUGCAGGCCACGUGGUGGCCCCCCGGCGAAAAUCGCGCCCGUGAUUGGUCAGGGCUCCCCCUGCGUCACCAACGGUUGCUGGGGUUGGGGGUGGUGAGCUCGCCCGGGGAUUCAAUUGACGGGACCGUUGGACACCGCCCUCCCCCUCGGUCCUCCAGCCCCGCCCCCUCCCUCGGUCCUCCGACCUUCUCGGUCCUCCGGCCCCGCCUCCCCCUCGGUCCCCCGUCCCUUUUGGUCCUCCGGCCCCGCCUCCCCCUCGGUCCUCCGGCCCCGCCUCCUCCCUCGGUCCUCCAGCCCCGCCUCCUCCCUCGGUCCCCCCGUCGCCCUUGGUCCUCCGGCCCCGCCUCCCCCUCGGUCCUCCUCCCUCGGUCCUCCGGCCCCGCCUCCCCCUCGGUCCUCCAGCCCCGCCUCCUCCCUCGGUCCUCCGGCCCCGCCUCCACCUCGGUCCUUCAGCCCCCUCGGUCCUCCAGCCACCUCGGUCCUCCAGCCCCGCCUCCCCCUCGGUCCUCCGGCUUCGCCUCCUCCCUCGGUCCUCCAGCCCCGCCCCCUCCGACCUCUGUGACCCGGACUGAGGUCAGGUUGGCCGCGGCGCCAUUUCCCUUGGGCUGGUGGUCUGGGGUCUGGAGCCCCCCCACCCACCCCACCCCCACUCCUUCCUCCCCCACCGAGGCACCCAGGGGUGCCCUGCCAGCAGGUAGGGUGCCCAUUCACCCACCGAGCCCGCGGACGGGGUGA